AGUAAGAAGAUAGAGACGUUGGGCAGAAUGACGGCGAUGACGCAGGAGGAGAUCGUGGCGGCCGUGAAGACGGUCGCGCAGGGCCUGGAAGCCCUGCGAUCGGAGCACGCGGGUAUCCUACACGGGAUGCACGAGGCGCCCGACCAGGUGGUGGGAGAGCGCGCGGGCCUCGUGCAGCAGAGCGCCGAGAUGAUCGAGCUGGGGUUAGGCGAGGCGCAGGUCAUCCUGGCUUUGGCGGCCCACCUCCAACUCGUCGAGGCGGAGAAGCAAAAGUUGCGCACCCAAGUGCGCCGCCUGUGCCAGGAGAACGCUUGGCUGCGCGACGAGCUGGCGGCCAAUCAGCAGCGGCUGCAGUCCAGCGAGCAGGCGGUGGCGCAGCUGGAGGAGGGCAAGCGCCAUCUGGAGUUCAUGAACUCGAUGAGCAAGUACGAUCAGGACGUGGAGGAGGGCGGGGCGGAGCAUGCGAGGCAGGAGAAGGCGGAUCCGGUGGUGGAUCUGUUUCCCGAUGACGAUAACGACGACAGGCACAAUAUGUCUCCCACUCCUCCCAACCAGCUGCAGCUGUCGCAGCAAGUGAACGCCGGCUACGAGAUCCCGGCUCGAUUGAGGACGCUGCACAAUCUGGUCAUACAGUACGCGUCGCAGGGCCGUUACGAGGUGGCCGUGCCCCUUUGCAAGCAGGCGUUGGAGGAUCUGGAGAAGACCAGCGGCCAUGAUCAUCCCGACGUCGCCACCAUGCUGAACAUACUGGCGUUGGUCUACAGAGACCAAAACAAGUACAAGGAGGCGGCCAAUCUGCUCAACGACGCUUUGGCGAUCAGAGAGAAGACGCUGGGCGAGAACCAUCCCGCCGUCGCCGCCACCCUCAACAACCUGGCCGUGUUGUACGGCAAGCGGGGCAAGUACAAGGAGGCGGAGCCCCUCUGCAAGCGGGCGCUGGACAUCAGGGAGAACGUGCUGGGCAAGGAGCAUCCGGACGUCGCUAAGCAGCUCAACAAUUUGGCUCUGCUCUGUCAGAAUCAGGGCAAAUACGAGGAAGUGGAAAAGUACUACCAGAGGGCGCUCGAGAUCUACGAGAAGCGGCUGGGAGCAGACGAUCCGAACGUCAGCAAGACCAUGAACAACCUGGCGUCCUGCUAUUUGAAGCAGGGUAAAUACAAGGAGGCCGAAGUGCUCUACAAGCAGAUCCUCAACAGGGCGCACGAGCGAGAAUUCGGGACCAUUGACGACGAAAAUAAACCGAUAUGGCAAGUAGCGGAAGAACGAGAAGAGAACAAGGCGAAAAACAAAGAAAACGCCCCUUACGGAGAAUACGGGGGAUGGCACAAAGCCGCCAAAGUCGAUUCUCCUACGGUAACCACCACCUUGAAAAAUCUCGGCGCCCUCUAUAGGCGACAAGGGAAAUACGAGGCCGCCGAAACGCUAGAAGAUUGUGCCCUGAGGAGCAGAAAAGAGGCUCUGGAUAUCGUGAAACAUUCGAGGAACAUUCUGGGCGAGGACAAGCGGAAAUUGGGAAACUUGAAAGAGAAAACUUCGCGAAGGGGUUCCAGGGAAUCCCUGGAGAUGGCGUAUGAUGGGGAAGAGCCAGGCACAGCGAGAACCCCAGACACUGAAAGGACUGGCUUGAAAUCGAAAUUGUUCAAUGCGCUCGGCAUUGUCCAAUCGCCCAACACGAAACAACCCAGCACCUAA